AUGGGAGUCCUGCGAUCGUGCAACAGCGGUAGCGACCUCCGUGGCUCGCGGAUGUCCUCGCACCAUUCAGCCCUCAAUGACGUUAUAGAGCCGGCCGGGAUGGAGAUUCCAGUUGAGCAUGCUCACAAUGGGAGUCCUCCACGGUCCUCGGUGUUAGACCCAACCGUGUCGGGUGGCACCAGCUAUCGGGCUCCAAGCAGGUCGUUCUUUCAUCGAUCAUUUCAUAACUCUGCAGAUCCGGCGCAUUAUUCGUCCCAUGGUAUGCGAGAACAGACUGCUGAAUUGGCAUCUUUCGCUCUGUCGCAGGAAUCGAACACACUUCCUCCGUCGCUUGACGUCUUCCACCCUCGCGGAUCGUCACUUUCUUCGGCUUCGACUCCGAUCGCAGCAGCAGCUUCAAGGACUCACCUUGAGGCCGGCCCUUCAUCCAUUCCGACUACUGGUUCCUCGGUGCUGACACAACUGAUCCGACAUCCUGACAUUCCAGAAUCAAGUCAGACUGAGCGGUACAACUCCGAGGAGUGGGAGCGGGCAAGUGACAGUACCGUCUCCCAGGACAACCUCCCCAACGCCGCUGCCGGAGAAACUGUUAGCACAGAGCACACCUCAUUGUUAUCAAAGCCGUCCCAUACAAAGCCGUAUCAAGGCUACGGCGCUGCAGGUGAUAUUGAGAAUCAGGGACAUGCGAGAACGAAGGGACCGAGCGCUUUUACCAGUGCCUUUUCAAGUGUCACUACGUGUUUUCGGGUCGUAGCAAACCCGAAGUCGUGGGACAAGCAGGCUGUCUGGAGAGAAGGGGUCAUUCGUCCCCUCAGUCUAUUGCCUUCGGUCUUCCUCGGUCUGUUGCUCAACAUACUGGAUGCUUUAUCUUACGGCAUGAUCCUCUUCCCAUUGGGUGAGCCAAUAUUUUCUGACCUUGGAGCGGACGGUAUCUCUAUGUUUUACGUCAGCACGAUAAUUGCUCAGCUCGUCUUCUCUUGUGGAGGCUCCAUCUUCCGUGGCGGUAUUGGGAGUGAAAUGAUUGAGGUCGUGCCUUUCUUCCACCAGAUGGCUUUUACGAUUCUGGCCCGAGUUGGUGAAAAUAACCCGAAGUCUGUCUUGGCUACAACUAUUCUGGCGUUUUCUGUCAGCUCGGUCCUGACCGGACUGGUGUUUUUCCUCAUGGGGACUUGCAAGCUUGGAGCCUUGAUUGGCUUCUUCCCAAGACACAUUCUAAUCGGAUGCAUUGGCGGUGUCGGGUUCUUCCUGUUAUUGACCGGUCUCGAGGUAUCAGCCCGCCUACCUGGAUCCUUCGAGUUCACCUUGGCGACUAUAGAAAAAUUGGGGCAACUGGACACGGUGUUCCUGUGGACAAUACCCUUGUUCCUCGCAGUUGGCUUGCUUGUUUUGAAGCGAUUUCUACACUCUAAUUUCCUGCUUGGGGGCUAUUUCAUUUGCGUGGCUGUCAUCUUUUACAUUGUCGUUCUCAGCGCUGGGGUUUCCAUGACUACUUUACGCAACAAAGGGUGGGUCUUCGAUGCACCAUCAUCAUCAAACCCAUGGUAUCAUUUCUACACACUUUAUGACUUCUCCGCCGUUGACUGGGCUGCCUUUGUCGACACAAUCCCGGCGAUGUUCGCGCUCACUUUCUUCGGCGUGCUGCAUGUACCUAUCAAUGUGCCUGCAUUGGGCAUUUCAACGGGCGAGGAUAACCUCAAUGUGGAUCGUGAGCUUAUUGCUCAUGGUGUUACCAACGCUCUCUCCGGGUUCUCGGGCAGCAUACAGAACUACCUUGUAUAUACUAACAGUCUGCUGUUUAUCGAUAGUGGCGGCAACUCUCGUCUGGCAGGUAUCAUGCUUGCAGCAGCAACUGCGGGAAUCCUUGUUGUUGGCCCCGCGAUUGUCGGUUUCAUUCCAGUCAUGGUCGUCGGUGCGCUCAUUUUCCUUCUAGGAAUUGAGCUGAUGCAGGAGGCCCUGGUCGACACAUGGGGCAAAUUGCAUCGACAUGAAUAUGUCACGGUUGUCAUUAUUGUUGCAACCAUGGGUGCCUGGGAUUUUGUGGUCGGCAUACUGGUUGGUAUUAUUCUCGCCUGUCUGAGUUUUGUAGUGCAGACUUCUCGUAAAUCUGCUAUCCGAGCUACGUUCUCCGGCAGGAUCACUGGGUCUACAGUGAGGCGUCCUCCCAUCCAGCAGCGAUUCCUGAAGGAAGCCGGCCAGCAGACCCUAAUCAUCAAGCUCGGUGGUUAUCUUUUCUUCGGUACCAUUGUGAGUGUCGAGAACACGAUGAGAGGAUUGAUUGAGGAAGAGGCAUUUAAUCGACGGCCCAUCCGGUUCCUGAUUCUCGACUUUUCGCGGGUGUAUGGCAUCGACUUCUCCGCGGCCGAGGCAUUCACCCGCAUUAACCGCAUCCUUAGCAAGCGGAACGUUCAGAUGACCAUAUCUGGUCUCGACGUGGAAGGAGAGGUGGGCCGAAGUCUCCAGAACGUGGGCUUAUUCGAGGCCAUGACGGGUGUGGAGAUUUUCGAGGACCUGAACUCGGCGCUCGAAUUCUGCGAGAACGACUACCUCAAGGUCUUUUACAGUCACAGAGAGGCUUUAUUGAGAAGACAACACGGAACGCCAACAACAUUCUUAGAGGUUCCCACCUCGCAAGCUCCGUCGCAGCUGGGUGAUAUGAUGGUCAGUUCUCCUCGCCAACGAUACCUGCAGCAAGCCGCGAGGACCACCCUUCGCGAAGAUGAAGUUGCAGUGGUCGCACCAGCAGCAUGGUCCUCUAUGCGCCAGCCACUUCCGCUUCUUCUCCAGACUUUCCAGGGGAUCACUUCUAGAAACGAAGACUUUUGGUUUCCCGUAUGUGCCUACUUCGUGCGAGAAAGCUAUGCCGCAGGGAAUGUUCUAUUCCAUGAAGGUGACGUUCCAAUGGGCUUCUAUCUUCUGGAGUCUGGCAUGCUUCGUGCCGAGUACGAACUUCCACAGGGACGAUAUUUUGAGAUCAUUGUGGCAGGAAGGCCAUGCGGCGAGCUUCCUUUUUUCAGUGAGACACGCCGGACAGCAACCGUCAAGGCCGAACAAGACUGUGUGAGCUGGUGUUUGAGCAUGGAGAAGUGGCAGGAGUUGCGUGAGCACGAGCCGGAGAUCGCAAGGGAGCUUCUGACGGUCAGUCUGAAGUUGACUACAGAGCGGAUGGAUAGUAUUACUUCUUACGUCCUGACAACCGCGGCUUGA